AUGGCACCAUUGGCAAAGCGCGCAAGCAGAAACACGCUAUUCCGCUGGGGCGGACUGGAAGAGCGGGCAUUCUGCGAAGUGAUACAGCUUGUAGAAGAAUACAGGGACAAACAUUGGGUAGCACUGAGAUACAGGCCGGGAGAGGACCCAAUAUACCUGAUAACGGACGCAAGCCUAACCAGAGCAAGCAGACUGGUCAGCCAAGGGAAGGAAUGGCAGACGGCUGCAGUAGCAGCCUUCUGGUUGGCUAAGUUCACAACAGCGCAACAGAACUACACGGUGACAGAACAGGAGGCCCUGGCCAUAGUAGCAUCACUGGCCAAGUUCCAGCCACUACUGUAUGGCAUGAAGUUCAAAGUACUCACCAACCACAAGGCGCUGGAGUUCUUGCUAACCCAGAAGGAACUGAACGCGCGCCAAGUUAGAUGGUUAGAAACAAUAAAUGAAUUCAACUGCACUAUUAGAUACAUCAAGGGAUCCCAGAACGUGCUGGCGGACGCACUUUCUAGGAUAUACAGUGAAGACAAAAAGGGAACGGAACAGGCGGCAAGUGAAUACAUGGCGGACAUAGAUGGAAACAACACAACGGGGAAUGCGCAUACACCCACCGUACAGUUAACGCGACCUGUGAUCACAGGUAUGGCAGCCAAAGUAGCGGCCAAGAGCCAAGUAACAUUGGAAGGGGUGAGGCAAAACCCAGCUUGUAAACGUGUGGCGCUGGAACAAUACAACCCAGAAAUCCCGGGAAGGGGCAAUUACGGAAGAAUUGGGACAAGAGCCCCAAAGAGAAGAGGCACCGCUGAUAAAGCAAAUUGGGACCCUGAUAGAAGGGAAGAAUUUGAUGAGAUCAUGAAUGGGUCAACAGAAGCUGGGAGUGAAACACGCAAGACUGAAUCAAUGAGCUCACCAGCAAGCAUUGAGCUGGAGGGCAGGAAUACUACAGGAAACAAAGUAGACCCAAUGGACAGAUCAGACCACAGGCACAUAACACAGCUAGUGAGCAAAAUAGACAUAGUGAGCGCAAUAGCAGAAGGAUACAAGAAGGACAAACACUACAAGAAAAUAAUUGAGGAACCAUUGCAAUUUCCUCAGUUUGAACUCCGCAAGGAACUAAUAUACUUUAGCAAGCACAGUUGA